AACGUCACUGACACUGACCCGUCGGGGGUGGGCAGUAGCUUUUCCUUUUCAGCGCCAUUUUAAAUUCAAAAAUACAGCAGUUGCGCAGGAAAAUCGAAUGACAUACUUCUUUUACAAGUGUGACUAACUGCCGUGAAUUAUUUUCUUAUUGACUCUCCAGAAGUGUCGGCCAGUGUUGUGACUGUAGAGGGGUAUACUGUACGUUGACGUUUCGCAGCUUAAUGGAGUUCCCGGGAGAAGAAGUACUGCUGGAGCUCUUCCACCGCUCUAAAACAGAAUUGUCGUGCAUGGAAAACCCGCACACGUUCAUACGACAGCUCAGGGAUUACCGUCUGAUUCCAGAAGAGUUUUACAAGAAAGUAAACCGCAAAAGAAACAAGAAGACCUUGAAAAAUGACCUCUAUGACAUUCUGGACUGGAUGGAGCGGAAACGAUCACAGGACAUUAAAGUGUUUUGGCGGUGUGUCUUUAAGGAAGCCAUUGUAAACGAAUAUCCCACCCUGCAACAGUUGCGCAAAAGCCUCAACGACGGCUCCUCCUAUUUGGAUGAGACUGAUGCUAGAAAAAGGAAGGAGCCUUCAGAAAAUGAAAAUGUAGAGGAGAGGCAAGAAAUUCAAGUGUCGUCGAUGAAGAAGAAACAGAAAAACAACAACGUGAACAGGGAGGAAGAGGAGCCCUCACAAUCAUGUCGAUCAUCAAGGACAAGUAGCAAGGGACAGGAGGAGACCACUGCAAGGAAAAGAAAGCCAUUAGAAAAAGAAGGUUUAGAGAGGAGGGAAGAAAUACAAGUGUCAAAGAAGAAGAAGCAGAACAACUACACGUUGUACAGGGAGGAAGAGCAGCCCUCGCAGUCGUCUGCAUCACCAAUGAAUAGUCCUUUUAUAUGGAUUGAAGAGGAGGAGACUGAUGUCAGGAUUACAAAAGAGCCAUCAAAAGAUGAAAAUGUCGAGAGCAGUGAAGAAAUCACAGCGUCAAAGAAAAAGAAGAAACACAAGAUAAAAGACAACAAGAGUGAGGAAGAGGUGCCCUCUUCAUCAAAGAAAACAAAACUGCGCUUCUCCUCUCCAAUUAAGGGUAAGGGCAAUGACAUUUGGACAUGGCCACUAUAUAAAUACAGCCUUCCUGUGACCUGUGGAAACAUGACAGGGACAUUGAACCGAGAUCGUCUAAGAAAAGGGAAGCCAUCCAUUUUGGUCAACAAAGAGUGGAUUACUCCCAAUGAAUUUCAACGUCGUGGGGGCAAGGCUAGUUACAAGAACUGGAAGAUGAGCAUCCGAUGUGUGGACACACCUCUUGCAAAGCUUCUGGAGACCGGUCAUCUUCAAACAGCAAGCGUCAGAGGGAGGGGAAAUAAGGUGCAAAAAUCACUCUUCGCCACUGAUAAGAGCACUGACACAGAUUCCGAACAUGAGAUUUUAUCGGAUGAAGAGGCUGAAGUACAGGAGGAGGGGCCCAGCAGCAGCAAUGACAGCAACUCAGACAGAUCUGUGUUCAAUGUGACGUGUGGGGAACUUGCUGGCAAAUUACACAGAAAACGAUUUGCAACAGGGAACUGUGGUCUGAGCAUUCGCACAAACAGCUGCUGGAUGACACCAGCUGACUUUGUGAAGGAGGCAUUGGAUGGGGAAGAUGCCUCCUGGAAGAAGGAACUCAUAUUGGAAGGCCGGUCGCUCGAUGUUGUUCUUAAUGAAAAAGUGUUGCAGCUUCACUCGCUCCUGUGUAAUUGCAAACUAUGUAAACCAACCGAUGGUGAUCUGGACGAGCAGAAAAAUGAUGAUGAGUGUUGUGUGUGUAAAAGUGAGGGAGACCUAGUCGUGUGUGACAGUUGCCCACGUUCCUUCCAUCCAAACUGUCACCUUCCUCACAUUGACAACAACAUUUUGAGUGAUAAUAAAACGUGGAAGUGCACCUUUUGUAUCUUCUCGGCAUUUAAAGAGUGGCGCUACUCUGACGAACUGGAAAGCUCAACUGUCCUGUCCAAACAAAUAUCCAAACACAUGCUGGAGUGCCAUUACCUGCUCCUCUAUUUGUUUAGUCUUGAUGAUGAACAAUUUUUUGCAACAAAUCCAUGUGGCUACCUGAAAGACUACACCUCUGUGGUCAAGACUCCUAUGUGGUUAUGCAAAAUUGAAGAAAAGCUCCAGAAGAACGAAUACUGCCUCAUCUCCGACUUUGUUUCCGAUGUUGAGCUACUUUUCUCUAACUGCGUUUUGUACAACAAGAAUAACCCUCAUUUCUUCAGCAUGGGUGCCAGACUAAAACAAUUAUUUGAUGAAGAAUUCAAGAGUGCCUUCUGAACUCUCAAGGACAUGGUUCUGGUCUCCCCAGUAAAUACAUACCGACAGUGUUGUUAAUCUUACUUUAAAAAAGUAAUUAAUUACAAUUACAAAUUACUUCUCCCAAAAAAUAAUUGCGUUAGUAACUCAGUUACCUGAAUGUAAGAGUAAUUAGUUAAUUGGCAAAGUAACUGGUGAUAAUUUUCAUGUUUAUUUCUCAAAAAAAAAAAAAGAAAAAGAAAAAAAAAACAGGUCACACAAUGUAAAGUUUAAAGGGUUUUUGGGACAAUUGGCCCUAGCCCAAUUCUUUAUCCUAAACUUAACUAGACACAGGGCUAUUGCGGAUAUUGCGAUAACUAGAUAGUAACCUUUGCUAUGUGUGGAAGUCAUUUAAUGUUGUGAAUCAACCAUUAAAGUUGUUAAAAUGGCUCCCGUUAUUGCAUUAGUUCCCUUCUGUCUACUUUCUACAUGUGUAAGUUUUAAAACUGUUUCAUCACUUAAAGAUAGAUUUAAGUGAAGAUUUUGCCGAUUUAGGAGCAUUUUAGAUAAAAAGUUACUUAGGUUCGCUAGGAAGUUUCUCUACAACAGAGCCUUCCUGAGAAGUCCACUGCUUUAAGAUGGCGGCUGUUUACUAACGCAUCUAGUUCUUUAUACAUGUUGCUAAUGCCGCCAUGCCUGCCAUUUGCACCUGGUUCUAUAAUAUGUGAUAUCUACCGUAGCAUCAAGUGGGCAUAGUUUGAAGGCUAUCGGCUACAGUCAGGUAUUAUUGGCGCCACCUAGCAUCACAUUUGCAACGGCGUCACAACUCCCUUGCCUCCUCACCACUCCUGCUCUGCUCUCUCGUCUCCGUGAGUCCGUCUCUCUCAAGACUUCUCGCGGGAUUCAACCAACAUAGUAACGCACGCCUUUCCUGCCUCAGUAAGGGUAACGGCGUUGCCAAGAUGAGAAAAGUAAUUAAUUAGAUUACUCACUACUGAAAAAAAAAUAACGCCGUUAGCGCCGUUAACAACACUGCAUAACGACCAAUAUUAAAGAUGAUAACACUGUGUUAUUAUCAGCCUGUCAGUGAGGAUUUACUCUUGUUGUGGAGGUCUGUAGUAAAUUGAGAUGAAAAAUGAUGACCAUGAUUUCUCGUGUUUCGUACGUACACUUGUAUAUAUAAUCCACACCCCCACAAUCGCCCUUCAAAAGGUGAAUUUGUUUUGUACUUUUAAUAUUUUAAUAAACUCUCCCGACAUUAUCUGCUAAACUUUUGGUACGUUGUUGGAAUUUGCUGUUUUUAAUGCCAGGUAUACUAACUGAUGCAAUGCGAUUGUUGUUUUGUGUAUGUGUUUAGGAUUUCUCAUACCUAAACUGAUAAAUGGAACUUUGUUCAAGUAUGUGUCUGCGUGCGUGAAUGUUUUCGUUACCUAUGGAUUCAAAAACGGCUCAACCGAUUUUCUUGAAAAUUUGCACAUUAUUACAACAAGCGUCUGUGAGUAUUCUUAGGUAGGUUUUAGAUAGAAAUACCCCCGAUAAGUAUUUAAAGGAACGCUCGGACUUAAAGACUUGUAGGCUCUGAUAAGCCACAAUUGUUUUCUUUUACUAAAAUAUGUUAUUAGAACCACAUACAUUAUUGCCAUUGAUUUAAAAAUCUAUAAUAUUUAGUACAUGUUUUGACCUCGGAGGGCACCAUGCAGUGCACGCUGGGGGUGAUGCUGCGGAUAGGCUGGACUGGGAGAACAGCUGUGCUAGCUAGCAAGCAAAGCUAGUAUGAUGACUGGCAUGAUUUUGUCAAAUUCUGCUGCUGGUCAGAUUGAUUUGUUACAGAGCUGUGGGAUGAGUCCCCAAUGCCGUACCUGUAUCCAAUUCCAGGUCAUCAGCAGUGUCUUUAAACCGAAACUAGGCGGCUUGCCAAAAUAUUGACUUGCUGCCAUUUGACAGAUUGUAUUCUUGACCCCUUCGUUGCAAGUUGCAUCUGUGCCUUUGUUUUUUUUUCUUUUGUCUGCCGUUUUUGGAAUCCUUUACCAUGUGCAGGUACCGGUAUUUGAGUGCUUUAUUUGUUUGUUUUGCCUUGUUUUGUUUCUUGCUUUUGCGGCCUUUCACCACGGUGUUCCUUCUGUUUUUUGAUCCCACCUGUUGUCACCGACCCUUUUUUGUCUCCAUUUUCGUGAUUGCGUGUUUUUUGUGUCUGUUCAAUAAACCUUUGUACGCAA